UUUUACAGCAUAUGGUACUAUUUACAAAUGGUAACAGCCUAACAGGCACUAUAGGCUCCUCAAACCAACUCAUAGCCAAAGAAAAAAAUUGAGAAGAUAAAGAAGCAUCAAGCGCGCGCACACACACCCCUCUCAAAAAGAAGAACAACAUGUCAAACUCCACAUGUACAGAAAUGGAAAAGGAUCACACAAUGACAGCACAACGAUCCUCUUACAUCGCCGGCUGCAUGAUCUCCCCUUCGUGCUUGCCAAUCCACAAGGAGUACGAGUACUCGCGAAUCUAUUACAGCCCCAGAAAGAGGGUGAGAAGGUGGAGGAACAUCCUCAGAAGGUUCAUGAGGGAGAGCAAGACCUUGUGUAGAUCCAAGCCUAUGUCCUUUCAAUAUGACCCUGUUAGCUACUCCCAGAACUUUGAUGAGGGUUGCCAUCUUGAUGAACCUAGGCCAGGCUUGCAAGAUGUUAGUGCUGCUGUGUUCCAUUGGUUGGAUUCUCAAUAGAAAAACAUGAAGCAGUACUUGGUUACCUAAGAUUUUAUCACGUAAUGCACUUCCUAGUCAGUGAUGAACUAGAGCAUGCCUAGUCUGGCUCAUAAUUAAGUAAGAACACACCCCCCCCCCUCCCUUCAUAUUUUUCUGGGUGAGAAAAAAGAAUAUGCUCUACAAUUGAAUUUUGUUUGGAUUAUAAAGGCAGAAGAAUGCAGAUUCUGGGGGUGUGCAGUUAAUGCAUUUCUAGCAGAGAAAGUCUCGGGAAUAUGAUGUAUGGUUGAUAUAUUUAUGACUUGUAAAAGUCACUGCACCAUUAACGGGGUAUAUAUCCUUAAUUUAUGUACAUGUACAAAAAAAAGAACAUGUUAGUGGUAUCUGGAAUUAUUGUG